CGUUUACUACGUGGUUUUUGUCACAUUGCCAUGCUCGGCCGAAGAAAUUUAUAUAACUAACCUUCGUCUCGGUUUUUCCUCCACGGACUCAUCUCUCUCUGUCUUAAAAUCAUCUGAAAAUCCUUCUUCUGACCUCUCUCUCAAAUCCAUCUGAAAACCCAUAAUCUCUGGUCAUUCUCUCUCUCUCUCUCUCUCUCUCUCUCUCUCUCUCUCCAAACCAUCUGAAAAUCCCGUUCAUUUCCCCUCUUUCAACGCGUUUCGGCAAAUCCGAGCCGUCUAAAACUGCAUUUCCACGCCUUUAAGAUAAGCAGUUAAAGCCGGACGGUUUUCGGGAGCGUUUCGGACGCUGGUGCCUGCUACAGUAGAAACGAUCGGUUUUUCCGCGAGUUAUUUUUCUUUCAGGGGAGAUUCGCACCAUAGACGAGUACGAUGACAAUCAUGUCCAUGCCUGGGAGUUCGGGGACGUUGGAUUCGGUACCGAUCAGAGAGGUAUCGUAUUUCAGCAACUGGUACGUGAUCGGACUGACGCUGACUGCUGGUAUCGGUGGAUUGCUGUUUGGAUACGAUACAGGUGUUAUAUCUGGGGCACUACUGUACAUUCGAGAUGAUUUUCAGGUCGUUAAUGACAGCGAAUUUCUACAGGAAACAAUUGUUAGCAUGGCAUUGCUAGGUGCAAUUUUUGGAGCUGUCUCAGGGGGUCGGAUGAAUGAUGCGUAUGGGCGUAAGAAAGCUACCCUUCUUGCUGAUGUAAUUUUUGCUGUUGGAUCGAUGGUCAUGUGCGCUGCACCAAAUCCUUACAUUCUUAUAUUUGGAAGAUUCCUGGUGGGCCUGGGUGUUGGUGCCGCAUCUAUUACUGCUCCCUUGUAUAUUGCUGAAGCAUCCCCAUCUGAGAUAAGAGGAGGACUAGUAGCUACAAAUGUGCUUAUGAUUACUGGCGGGCAGUUUCUUUCCUACCUUGUAAAUCUUGCCUUCACUGAGGUCCCUGGGACAUGGCGCUGGAUGCUCGGAGUGGCUGCUGUGCCAGCCAUUAUACAGUUCUUCCUAAUGCUAUUUUUGCCUGAAUCACCACGCUGGUUAUACCUCAAGAAAGAUAAAUCUGAAGCUAUUAAAGUACUGGAAAAAAUCUAUAGCCCCAUUCGUUUGGAGGAAGAGCUAGACCAGCUCUCUGUUGCUUCCGAGGAAGAGGCUCAGUCGAGGAACAUCAGAUACUUGGACGUUUUCAAGACGAAGGAAAUCAGGAUUGCCUUUUUGGCUGGAGCUGGCCUUCAGCUAUUUCAGCAACUCACAGGAAUCAACACCGUCAUGUACUACAGUCCCACGAUUGUGGAGAUGGCUGGAUUUCAUUCCAACCAGCUAGCAAUACUCCUGUCUCUGAUCGUCGCCGCAUUGAAUGCUGCGGGAACAGUGGUUGGAAUAUGUCUAAUCGACCGUUUUGGGAGACGCCGUUUGGCCCUCACCAGCUUAUCAGGCGUCAUAAUAGCCCUCUGCGUCCUUUCAGGAGCAUUCUAUGCACAGUCGUCCACGGCAUUGUCUCAAUUAUGUGACUCUUACGCCCUUCAUAACAGUUGCAAAAUUGGUUCCGGUUGGUUAGCAGUUGCCGGCUUGGCUCUAUACAUUACAUUCUUCUCACCGGGCAUGGGCCCUGUGCCAUGGGCUGUGAACGCGGAGAUCUAUCCAGAGGCAUAUCGUGGGAUGUGUGGCGGAAUGGCGGCUACUGUGACCUGGGUCUCGAAUCUGUUCAUGUCCCUGUCAUUCCUAUCGGUUGCAAAGGCUGUGGGGACCGGCACAGCAUUCCUGAUAAUUGCUGGCUUUGCAGUGGCGGGAUUUGCUUUUGUGGCCUUCUUUCUGCCGGAGACCAAGGGGAUGAGCUUUGAGCAGGUGGAGAGGCUGUGGAAGGAGAGAGCAUGGGGUAGUGGGAGUGACACGCAAUGCUUUCUUGAGGAAGGAAACGACAAGAACGAGUCCUAAGCGUUUUGCUACAUUUGAAGGUGAGUGCUCUGUAUGCUAUAGUUGCAUGAAUCUCCUACUCUGGGCACCAUUUCCUUCUUCCGGGUCUUUUACUUUGCGUUCCCAUAAUUCCUUGCAUGUUUUGGGUCCUAAAAUAGCUUAUUUUCUGCUUUCUUUGCCGCUCGUAGCCAUCCUUCCUAUUCAUAAUGGUAGAGGCUAUCUAUAUUACAAGUUUAAAACAAGUUGAAGUUGAGGAUGUAAUGCAUGUAUGUGUGUGUGUGUGUAUAUGAUGUAGGAAACUGAGUGCUGUUUCAGAUGCAAGUCCAGUUGUAGACAUUGACCGCUGCCGCCAGAGUGCCCGUGUUUUUGGUGCAAAGAUGGGGCAGCUUGUAGUGUAAUGCAUUUGUAACUGAUGAGAAAGAUGCACUAUUUUCACCUUUUUUUUAUUAUUAAGUUUGAUGAUUUUA